CGGAACCCAGGCGGGGCGGCUCGCGGCCCGCCCGGGCCUCUGCAGCCGGGACGCCGGCGGAAGUGGGGGCGCCGGCCGCCGCGGACCUCGGGUCCUUUCUUGCAAGGAGCUCACAGGUGAGCUGCAGAGACAGGGAGAGCCUAACAAGGAAAAGGAUCGUCUUAAUCUUCCCCGCAUGCCAGGACAAUGCAGACUCCGCUGACCAUUCCUGUACCUGUGCUCCGGCUUCCCCGGGGCCCGGAUGGCUUGAGCCGCGGCUUUGCCCCAGAUGGACGCAGGGCCCCCCUGACGCCAGAGGGUCCUGGAGCCCCGGGGUCUGCCGUAGUUCCAGAAUCUCGGGAAUCCCAGGAACAGCAGGUGCGAGCCGCACUCCGGGAACGCUACCUCCGCAGCCUGCUGGCCAUGGUGGGUCACCAGGUGAGCUUCACAUUGCACGAGGGCGUGCACGUGACUGCCCACUUCGGAGCCACCGACCUGGACGUGGCCAACUUCUACGUGUCGCAGCUGCAGACGCCCAUUGGUGUGCAGGCUGAAGCACUGCUGCGGUGCAGUGACAUUAUUGCGUACAGCUUCAAGCCCUAAAGAUGUUACUAUGUUCACCUUUCUGCUUUGGGCCUCGCCACGGGGCCCCAGCCCUCCACACAUGGUCGUGGGCCCCAGUUUGGAACGCCCUUGGAAUUUUGAGCCAAGCUCCAAGCACCUCUGGCUGCUUGGGACCUCCAGGGUGCAGUCAGUAAGAUUCUGCAACCCCAGGAGUUCUAGAGCCUGUUGAAAUGAAGGCUCUACCUUACAGAACUCCAAACUCUAAAACAGGGCCACUUGCCAGUUCCUGAAGACUGGGGGUUGGGGGUGGAAGGCAAAUCGCAGAGUGGGAAAUUGUUUCUGGAAGUUGCAAAGUUCAGCCACCCUGAAGAUACUCCCCUCCUACUAAAGAACCAAUU